AUGAUGUUCGACCGCUCGGAUCAUCUUGGCCGAGUGGCUCACCCGGAGUGGUACAUCCUGGUACAAGAUCUAGUGGUUCAUAAUGUUAAGUUGAAGCGUGUCCUCAUCGACGGUGGCAGCGCGCUCAAUAUCCUGUUCACCAAGACACUGGAUAAGAUGCAGAUUCCAAGAUCCAAGAUGAAGUCGAGUUCUGCUCCGUUUCAUAGGGUUGUCCCUAUGAUAUCCUCAAUGCUACUCGGCCAGAUCAGCCUUCCAGUCACCUUCGGACUCGGAAUAAUUUCCAGACAGAAUAUCUGCUUUGAAGUUGCUGAUUUUGAGGCAGCUUAUUAUGCCAUACUGGGAAGGCCAGCUCUAGCUAAGUUCGUUGUCGUCCCCUACUACACCUACUUGAUGUUGAAGAUGCCAAGUCAACAACGAGUUAUCUCAUUGCGUAGCGACGUCAAACAAGCCGUCACCUCCGACAAGGAGAGCUGCGAGAUGACCCAAUCUCAUGGGAGGGCACUCGACCAGCAAGAGGUCUGA